GUAGUUAGUUUAAAAUUCAUAUCCAUUAGCACUAAAAUUAGCUUGUUACCCCGUCUAACUACUACAGAUGGUAUCUCCUCGCACUUUCCUCUUCCUCUUUUUCUCUUUAUGUGUCUGCUACGGUGUUGAUCUGGCUCACAAAGACUGUGGUAGUACGGGUGAAGUGAUCAAAGUCUUUAGUGAGGAUUGUGCUGACCCAGUUUGCAAAGCUAAGAAAGGACACUCCUACCAGAUACAAAUGGAGUUUAAACCGGCCGGACAAGUCACCACUCUCAAAGCUUUGUUAUACGGAGUUAUCUCCGGCAUCCCCAUCCCCUUCCCUCUCCCACAACCGGACGGAUGUGUGGCAUGUGGUAAUGUGUGUCCUAUAAGCGCUGCUACCGACUCUACCUACUCCGCGGCACUGAAAGUGGAGUCAGCGUACCCAGCUAUUAAGAUAGUUUCAAGAUGGAUCCUUCAAGAUCAAGACAGCGUGAAAGUUAUCUGUAUUGAAAUACCUGUGGUAAUCAUUAGCUGAAGCAGUUGCUAAUUAACUUAUAACUUUGGAACUAAAGAUCUUACAUAGAUACUCAUAUCAUAUAUAAUUGUGAUAAUGUGACAUUGUUCUUAUUUCUAGGGGUUGAUUUCCUGUUUACCUGAGAAAACCUUUUAACAAUUCAUUUGAAAACAAGUUUUAGCCAAAACAGUUCACGCAGAAGGAAUGAACGUAAUGUAGAAAUCUAACAGGCUCUUUUAAUUUUGCAACGGGAAACAUAUUUACUUUGUUACAUCUUUUUCAGUAUAU